AUGCGCCUUUUUGUCAAUGUCUGGAUACUCCUUCGAAACGUGUUUUUCCUCUACCUCUGCGUCAUUGGUCUUCUCACGCUUCUAACCGGGCUCUUACACUUCACAAACAACAAACCUGAAUCCUUUCAAAUCAGUGGUUUGAAUACAAACCCUACACUUGCAGUGAUGUUGGUUGCGAUUGUGUUAGUUGUGAAUGGGAUAGUCACCAUUUUAGUUUCGGGAUUUGCGAUAUUGCACUCGGUACAGUUUAACAACAUGAUAACCGAAAAUGGUGUAGCGUGUGCCAUUUGGUUUUUCAUAUUAGCGUGUCUUUCUUUUUUCAUGACAGGGAUAUUCGGGUUGAUAACAAGUCUCCUCUGUUUAAUUUCAGGAGGGCUUUUUGCAGUAGCUUUAGUGGUGUGUCAUUUCUCUUGUGUCUCGGACACCCCCACCAUAAAGACUGAGCAAGACGCUAAUUAA